CUGCUAACACUGCAGAGUCCACACUCUCUAUAAAAAGAGAAGGCAGCUGAGUCAAAAGCCUUCACAGACGCUGUGGGAGCCGUCUGUGACUGACACCUUUGUAACACCUGCCUGAAAGCCUCUGGAGAGAAAAGGAAGAUGAAACUCAUUCUCCAAGCCACACUGUUCAUUGGGCUGCUGGCAUUGUGUCCUGCAACUGCCCCAGUGAGAUGGUGCACAACAUCUGAUCCUGAGCAAGCAAAAUGUUUAAAUCUGAAGGAGUGCUUAAAGUCGGAGUUCCCACAUUUGAACUGUGUGAGGAGAGCUGACCCCCAUGACUGCAUAAGGGCCAUUAAAGAUUCUGAGGCAGAUGCUGUCUCUCUAGAUGGUGGUCAUAUUUAUGAUGCAGGCCUGUCCCCUAACAGCCUGAAGCCUGUUGCAGCUGAGGUUUAUCACGGAGAUGGUAAAGAAACUACCACCGGCUAUUAUGCUGUUGCUGUGGUGAGGAAAGGAACAGUCACUUCACUGGCUGGUCUUAAAGGGAAGAAAUCUUGCCACACUGGCUUCGGCAGAUCUGCAGGCUGGAACAUCCCAGUGGCUAAGCUGAUUGAAUGCCGUUGUAUUGACUGGAUGGGACCAGAAACAGAACCUGUAGAGAAACCUAUAGCGAAAUUCUUCUCAGCCGGCUGUGUCCCAGGUAUCCCUCCAACAGAACAAAAUUUGUGCCGCUUAUGUUCCGGAACAGGGGCUAACAAAUGUUCCCGUAAUGAUCCCUACGCUGGAUAUUCUGGAGCAUUUCAGUGUCUGAAAGAUGGAGUAGGAGAGGUGGCAUUUGUGAAAGACAGAACUGUACUUGACCUUCCUCCAGAAGAAAAGAACCAAUAUGAGCUGCUCUGUCCCUGCAGUGGCACGAAGUCUAUUGAAGAGUAUAAAUCAUGUUACAUGGCGAAAAUUCCUGCUCAUGCUGUGAUGGCACGGACGACUGAUGGGCGAGCUGAAGAAAUCUGGCAAUUACUCAAUGCAGCACAGAAACAAGCCGCAAAAGGGCAGUGCCAGGUUUUUGGCUCCCCGCAGGGGAAAGAUCUCAUGUUUAAGGACUCUGCUAUCAAAUUUAAAAAGGUCCCUGAUUUGAUGGACGCUCAGCUCUACCUUGGCAAAUACUAUAAUGAUAUCCAGAACCUCAGAGUAGCAAGACCUGAUACUGAUACACCAAACAAGAUCAAAUGGUGUGCUGUAGGCAAGAAUGAGGAAUCAAAGUGUGACAUGUGGAGCGGAUUGAGCAACAAUACCAUUGGGUGUGCUGCAGCUGACACUACAGAGGGCUGCAUUAUCAAGAUCCUAAAAGGUGAAGCUGAUGCUCUGACCCUGGAUGGAGGACACAUCUAUGUGGCAGGAGAGUGUGGUUUGUUACCAGUGAUGGCAGAAGUCUACAAAGACAGUGCCGUGUGUUCAGAUCGAACAACACCAAGAAAAGUUCCUGAAAGCUACUUUGCUGUAGCUGUUGUCAAGAAAACAGAUACUGACAUCAACUGGAAUAACCUGAAAGGAAAGAAAUCCUGCCACACUGGUGUUGGGAGAACUGCUGGCUGGAAUAUCCCAAUGGGUCUAAUUUACAACAAAACUCAUAGCUGUGAAUUUGAUAAAUUCUUCCAAGAAGGCUGUGCACCAGGGUCACCAGAUAACUCUACACUCUGCAACCUGUGCAUUGGCGAGUUCAAACACAAAUGUAAACCUAACAGUAAUGAACCAUACUACGGCUACAGUGGGGCUGUGCGGUGUUUGAUUGAGAAAGGAAAUAUAGGCUUUGUUAAACACACCUCCAUUGAUGAAGUCACAGAAGGCCCCAAUAAACCUUCUUGGAUUGGCACAAAGACAAAGAAUGACUUUGAGAUCCUGUGCCUUGAUGGUACCCGUCGUCCAGUUUCUGAAUACGCUACAUGCAAUCUGGCUCAAGUUCGCACUCACGCAGUAGUCACCCCACCUGAACAUGCUAAUAUAGUCCGUCAAAUAGUGCAUGCACAACAGGACUUAUUUGGAAGCUCUGGAUCAUUAAAAGAUAUAUUCCACAUGUUCCAGUCUCCAACCAAAGAUAGCUUGUUCAAAGAUGGUACCCUGUGCUUAGCUUCAACUAAAGAAAAAGAGACUUACAAGGAAUAUCUUGGUGAUGGAUAUCUGGCGGCUGUUGCUGGACUCAAUAAGUGCUCACCUUCAGAGCUCCUUCAGGUCUGUACUUUCCAUAAAGAUGAAUAAUCUGAUGAACUGCAGCUCCUUGCAAGGAAGAAAAGCAAAGCCAGAAGCUUCAUUCGUUCUUGUCUGAACUUGGGGAUUCUGUCCAGCUCACUCUUUUCUCCUUAACAAUGCAAAAGUGUUCAAGCUUCUCUUCAUAUGGCUUUAUAACUCCCUGGUGUCAGUAGUGCACAAAUAAAUAAAUAAAUAACA